AUGGGUCCGAAGGAGGGACGAAUCAAUACAUUCCCUCCCACCGCUGUCCCCUGCUUGUCCACGCCCACAUCCACGCCCACGCCUACAGGCCACCUGAUGAGGGCGCCCGAUGCAAAUGCAAUGGAGGAAGAGAAAGAGAAAGAGAAAGAGAUAGAAAAAAAAGAAAACGAAAAAAAUAGGAGAAAAGAGGAGGAGGAGGAGGAGGAGGAGGAGGAGGAGGAGGAGGAGAAGGAGGAGGAGGAGGAGGGGGGGGAGGAGGAGGAGGAGGAAAAAACAGAGAGGGAGAAGAGAUGUUGGGAUGAGAGGAGUAAGGAAGUGACCUGCCUUGCCACCGCCCUUUUACAAUCUACUUCAAUUUCUACCCGCGCCGGCGCCCACACCUGCCCUGACACCGCCCUUUCACGAUCUACCUCAAAUUCCACCCACACCUACGCCCACACCUGCCCUGAUAUGUCGUUAGCGUACCGCCGCCCUUUAGUCAAGCCGAUUAACCGACUCAUCGUCGGCGUCACUUAA